GCGUCCCCGUCCCCGUCCCCGUCCCCGCUUGUGCCAGUGAACUUCCGCGCCCGAAAAUCCUCCUUUUCAGGACGAGCCCUGGGAAGGAGUGUUUUGAGGUUUGCAUCCAUGUGUGCCUGGCACCCCCGCCCCCCGUUUACCUCUCUCAGAGUCAUCUGAACGGUCUAGAAAGGGCCAUCAGUUUCCCCUGGACUCUGAGGUAGUAACUGUUGCUGCUUUUUUCCUUUUUUUUAGGUUUCAGCAGCAGGCAGUGGGCACGAGAUGUGAACUGUUUCUCUCCUGCAGAAAACGAGGCCUUUCGUCCCCUCCCCGCGACGGUGGGUGUGGAUCCUGGCUCCUGUCUGUGGCUGCGCUGGAGGCCAGGGUGUCGCGGGCUGUGGGGCAAUGUUCUGAAAAACCCUCUGAGUGGGAAUGGCUUGCCUUACGGUGACAGACAUGGAAGGAACGUCCACAUCUCCUGUACACCAGAACGGUGAUAUUCCUGGCCCUGCGAACACUGUGAAGCAGGUAGAGCCAGUCCUGCAGGUGUAUCUUUACCAUUCCCUUGGGAAGGCUGAAGAAGAUUACCUGAGGUUUCCAGCGGGGGAGUAUGUUGCUGAAGACAUUUGUGUUGCUGCUUCUAAAGCUUGUGGCAUCACACCUGUGUAUCAUAACAUGUUUGCUUUAAUGAGUGAAACAGAAAGGAUCUGGUAUCCGCCCAACCACGUCUUCCACGUAGAUGAAUCAGCCAGCCACAGUGUACUCUACAGGAUAAGGUUUUACUUUCCUCACUGGUAUUGUAACGGCAGCAACAGAACCUAUCGGUAUGGAAUAGCUCGAGGUGCUGAAGCUCCUCUCCUGGAUGACUUUGUCAUGUCUUACCUGUUUGCUCAGUGGCGGCACGAUUUUGUCUGUGGCUGGAUAAAAUUACCAGUGACUCAUGAAACACAGGAAGAAUGUCUUGGGCUGGCCGUGUUGGAUAUGAUGAGAAUAGCCAAGGAAAAGGGUCAAACCCCACUGGCCAUCUAUAACUCCAUCAGCUACAAGACAUUCUUACCAAAAUGUGUUCGAGCAAAGAUCCAAGAUUAUCAUAUUCUGACAAGGAAACGAAUAAGGUACAGGUUUCGCAGAUUUAUUCAGCAGUUCAGCCAAUGCAAAGCCACUGCCAGAAACUUGAAACUUAAGUACCUUAUAAAUCUGGAAGCCCUUCAGGCUGCCUUCUACACAGAGCAGUUUGAAGUAAAAGAACCUGGAAGAGGUCCUUCAGGUGAGGAGAUUUUUGCAACCAUUAUAAUAACUGGAAACGGUGGAAUUCAGUGGUCAAGAGGGAAACAUAAAGAAAGUGAGACACUGACAGAACAGGAUUUACAGAUAUAUUGUGAUUUUCCUGAUAUUAUUGAUGUCAGCAUUAAGCAAGCAAACCAAGAAGGCUCUAAUGAAAGCAGAGUUGUAACUAUCCAUAAGCAAGAUGGUAAAAAUCUGGAAAUUGAACUUAGCUCCCUAAGAGAAGCCUUGUCUUUUGUGUCAGUGAUUGAUGGGUACUACAGACUCACUGCCGACGCACACCAUUACCUCUGCAAAGAAGUGGCCCCCCCAACAGUGCUGGAAAAUAUACAGAGCAACUGUCAUGGGCCAAUUUCAAUGGAUUUUGCCAUCAGUAAACUGAAGAAAGCUGGUAAUCAGACUGGGCUGUAUGUACUUCGAUGCAGUCCUAAGGACUUUAAUAAAUAUUUUCUCACGUUUGCUGUUGAGCGAGAAAAUGUCAUUGAAUAUAAGCACUGUUUGAUUACAAAAAAUGAGAAUGGAGAAUACAACCUCACUGGGACUAAGAAGAACUUUAAUAAUCUUAAAGAUCUUCUGAACUGCUAUCAGAUGGAAACUGUUCGUUCAGACAGUAUCAUUUUCCAGUUUAUUAAAUGCUGCCCCCCAAAGCCAAAAGAUAAAUCCAACCUCUUAGUCUUCAGAACGAACGGCGUUUCUGAUGUCCCAACCUCACCAGCAUUACAGAGGCAUAAUAACGUGAACCAGAUGGUGUUUCACAAAAUCAGAAAUGAAGAUUUGAUAUUCAAUGAAAGUCUUGGCCAAGGCACUUUUACAAAAAUUUUCAAAGGUAUAAGAAGAGAAGUAGGAGACUACGGUCAGCUGCACGAAACCGAGGUUCUCCUCAAAGUCCUGGAUAAAGCACACAGAAGCUACUCCGAGUCUUUCUUUGAAGCGGCAAGCAUGAUGAGCCAGCUUUCUCACAAGCACCUGGUUUUAAACUAUGGAGUAUGUGUCUGUGGAGAGGAGAAUAUCCUGGUUCAAGAGUUUGUAAAAUUUGGAUCUCUAGAUACAUAUCUGAAAAAAAAUAAAAAUUCUAUAAAUAUAUUAUGGAAACUUGAAGUGGCUAAACAGUUGGCAUGGGCCAUGCAUUUUCUCGAAGAAAAAGCCCUUAUUCAUGGGAACGUGUGUGCCAAAAAUAUCCUGCUCAUCAGAGAAGAAGACAGGAAGACAGGGAAUCCGCCUUUCAUCAAACUCAGUGACCCUGGCAUUAGUAUUACGGUUUUGCCAAAAGACAUUCUCCAGGAGAGAAUACCAUGGGCACCCCCAGAAUGUAUUGAAAAUCCUAAAAACCUAAGCUUGGCAACAGAUAAAUGGAGUUUUGGGACUACUCUGUGGGAAAUCUGCAGUGGAGGAGACAAGCCUCUCAGUGCUCUAGAUUCCCAAAGGAAGCUACAGUUUUAUGAAGACAGGCACCAGCUUCCUGCACCAAAGUGGACAGAGUUAGCAAAUCUUAUAAACAAUUGUAUGGAUUACGGACCGGAUUUUAGGCCUUCUUUCAGAGCCAUCAUACGAGAUCUUAACAGCUUGUUUACUCCAGAUUAUGAACUAUUGACAGAAAGUGACAUGUUACCAAAUAUGAGGAUAGGUGCCCUAGGAUUUUCUGGUGCUUUUGAAGACAGGGACCCUACACAGUUUGAAGAAAGACACUUGAAAUUCUUACAACAACUUGGCAAGGGUAAUUUUGGGAGUGUGGAGAUGUGCCGGUAUGACCCUCUGCAGGACAACACUGGGGAGGUGGUGGCCGUGAAGAAGCUCCAGCACAGUACUGAGGAGCACCUCCGGGACUUUGAAAGGGAAAUUGAGAUCCUUAAAUCCCUGCAGCACGACAACAUCGUGAAGUACAAGGGAGUGUGCUACAGUGCUGGCCGGCGUAAUCUGAGAUUAAUUAUGGAGUAUUUACCAUAUGGAAGUUUACGAGACUAUCUCCAAAAACAUAAAGAACGGAUAGAUCAUAAAAAACUUCUGCAGUACACAUCUCAGAUAUGCAAGGGUAUGGAAUAUCUUGGUACAAAAAGGUACAUUCACAGGGAUCUGGCAACAAGAAAUAUAUUGGUGGAGAAUGAGAACAGAGUUAAAAUUGGGGAUUUUGGAUUGACUAAAGUUUUGCCACAAGACAAAGAAUACUACAAAGUGAAAGAACCGGGUGAAAGUCCCAUAUUCUGGUAUGCCCCAGAAUCACUGACAGAGAGCAAGUUUUCUGUGGCCUCGGAUGUUUGGAGCUUUGGAGUGGUUCUCUAUGAGCUUUUCACAUACAUUGAGAAGAGUAAAAGUCCACCGGCGGAAUUUAUGCGUAUGAUUGGCAAUGACAAGCAAGGACAGAUGAUUGUGUUCCAUUUGAUAGAACUCUUGAAGAAUAAUGGAAGAUUACCAAGACCAGAGGGAUGCCCAGAUGAGAUUUAUGUGAUCAUGACAGAAUGCUGGAACAAUCAUGUAAACCAGCGCCCUUCCUUCAGGGACCUAGCUCUUCGAGUGGAUCGAAUAAGGGACAACAUGGCUGGAUGAAAGAAAUGAACUUUACUCUGAGACCAAAGUAGACCCACGGAAGAAAGUUUCGUGUUUCACCUUGCUGCGGACUAUUACUACAUAGGUCAUAAUGCUGGUCAGCAAAGUGUGAAACUAUCUCAUCAAAGCUUUCAGAGUUUAAUGCGUUUUCUCCAUGAGGACACCAGUAAAAGACACUGAUGAAAAGACCUUACCAGGGAAUUUUGUGAAGUGUUUUGUGAACCUAAUAAGUCCAUUAACAUCACCUUUCUUUGGCAAAAGGAAAGAUACUUUCCAACUCAGAUUUUUGAGAGAUGAAAAGAUUGUAAUGCCAACUUUGCCAUGUUAGAGAGGCAUAGGAUAAGAACGGACAGCCUUCCUCAACGGUGAAUGUAUCAUACCUUGGCAUCUUGUGUAGUGUUAUACACAAGGGCUGGUGUUCAUUAAUAAUAUUUUCUAAUUUUUUAUAGUUUAUCUACAACAGCUUCACUGUACAAACAAAUUAAGAUGCUCAGAUAAUUAAAUAAGCACUUUUGUGUCCUUCUGUAUCUGCAUUGCUGGCCAGCAGUAUAAGCAGGUGUAUGCUUUCAGCUUGCUGUUCCAUGUACUGUAAAUAUUUCUCAAAGCAGCAGGAACAAAUGUCUAGUUUUAUUUGUAUAGGAAAUUUCCUUGAUCCUAAAGAAUACAUUUUGAAAUGGAACAAGCUUACAAAGAUAUAGUACAAUCUAUUUUCUUAUUUGUUUCCAUUGUAUUUGUUUGUGGUGAGUGUGUUUUUUAAAUAGAACUGUCUCCUAGUUUUUCUGAGACUACAUGAAAUUUUCUUUAAAAAGUUUCAGAUUAAGAAUGCUAAGAGCAUUGCCAUCCUUUGAUCCCUUGGCCACCAAUAAGAUUCUUCAAUUCCUGGGACUUACUGUCAUUCGUUCGAUUUAAGCAUAAGUCAUAAAAUAGAUUGCUUUUUUAAGUGUAUAAUCUUAUGAAGAUGCAUAGUUGAAGAGGAAUUUCAGUUCUUAUUCAGCAUUUUUUCUAAAGACUGUAUAUUUGAGGGGUUUCAAAAAUCUCUGUUGCAGCCUUGGAAGAGAUUUCUUUUUCUGAGAGGUUCUUUUAGAGAGUAAAUUGGUGAAAAGUAUAGUUGCUAAUUUUAUUCCUUUACAAGAGUGCCAGUAAAAAAUCCAUAAUGUAUACCUUUAAGGAAAAGGACAACAUUGAUUUUCAAUUAAGUAUAAGGGAUUGUUGUUUUUUGUUGUGUGUUUUAGUGCUAUUCCAUUUUAGACACCAUACCUAAAAUAUUUUGUGUUAUUUAUACGAAGUUUAAAAUACUUGCUUUGGUUAAAAAGAAAAUCGUUUCAUACAUUAUUUUUGGUAGUAUAUGCCUUUUUUUUAAGUUUGUACUUAAGAUUUCUAAUUAUUUUGCUGACUAUUUUUUGGAGUUUGUUUUAAAAUGCAUGUUAUAUAAGAAAAAAUGCCUUGCUCAAAAUGUUUGAGAUUUUUGGUUGAUGGGAGGAAAAGAGAAGAAAUGCUUUGAAAUUCAUUAUCUUGAAAGUAUUUUGGUAGCUAUUGAAUACAGAAAUCAUCCAAAAUAAUAGCAUAUUAGAUUUUUAAAAAACCUCCAGUAGAUUUGUGUGUGUUUGUGUGUGUGUGUGUAUGUGUGCUUUAGGCAAAAGCUUACAGCUCAAGUUAAUUUCUCAUUCAAAAAUGUAUACACGUGUUGUUUUGUGACAUUGGUCGCAAUCCCCACAAUGUGACAGCACACUCCCCCUUUGCACCCCGGGUUCCCUGUGUCCAUCUGUCUAAAGGAUAGCUUGAUGAAAGUUUAAUAUAAUUCUUAUUUAAUUUGUAAAGGUUUCUCAAGGAUGUGUAUAUGUAGUGCAAUUAAGACAUCUUCUGUUUCGCUGUUUUUCAAGUUGCUACUUUUCCGUUUCUGCUGCUUGUGUUUACUCAAGUGAAAAGUAGCAUAUAGUAUGCUUGACUUCAGAUUUUUUGUACUAAAAUUUAAAUAUUUAAAAGUAGAUCCUUAAAGGCCUAUAAUAUUUGUUUUUAAAAAUGAGGAUGUUAGAUUUCUUAAGUUUUUUUAAUGUUUCAUUUUUUUUUUAGUUUUAGAUCAAGAAUUCCACAUAAACAGUCUUCAUUUGCUUGGAGUAGAAUGACUACCUCAUGUAAAGUCCAAGUUUGCGAGAGAAGAAUUCCUUUUUUUUUUUUUGAGGGUUUGUGAUGUUUUAAUUUUUUAUUCUAACCGUGCGUGGAAAGAAAUUAGCCUUGCAGCUGAUUAGUUGGCUCUGCCCAAGAGAAGUAUUAUUGUACCAGGCAGUGGGUAAUGCCCAUAUGUCUCCUCAAGUUAAUAUUCUUCAGAAUUGAGGGUAAAUGUUUUCUUAGAAUUUUGUAAUUCUGUAAAUAUUCCAGUAUAUUAUGUUACACAAUCUUUAUAUAAACAAAUUCCAGCUUCUGUGGAGACGUGCUUCGUGAAGUAGUCACUUUUUCACAUUAUUUAUCUAUGCUAUAAAUUGCAGUGGGAGAAUGCUUUCUUAUAAUAAUCCAAGACUUCUGCUUUAAAGUAAAUGUUUUAAUCACAACUAUAACUUCAGAUAUUUAAAUUUUAUUAUGCAGUAAACAUUAGAAAAUAACUCUAAAUCUAUACCAGAGGAGUUGUUCUCCAUAGGGUGGACCCAUAUGCCCAGUUUAUUGAGACUGUGUUGAUUUCUUCAUGGCACCUUUAGCAUCGUCCCACAAAACCAGGAUAUCGGUGUAAUUAAUAUUCAGAAGUUUGUUUCCUUUGCGUUGUCACCUAACCAAGGAAGUGGGGACACGUGCUGAUUUAGAGAUGUGCACAUAAAACCCUUUAUUAUAGCGGACCCAUCUUCUCAUUUUAAAGAACUGCUUGGUAAGGUCACUAUCAGCUGUUGUGCCCUAUUUUGAAUGUUGCUGUAUCGACUCUAGUUCUCAUAUUUACAUUAUUUAUAAUGAAAGUUUUUCUAAUUUUUCAGUAUAACUUACUAAAGUUCUUUUAGUUUGCUAUAUUAGAAUAAAUAAUAACUGUAAGUAUAAGUCAGCAGCAAUAUCCAAACAAAAGAUUAGGUUAUAUAAAUUUGAUUGUAUAUAAGAAAAAAAUCCAAGUAUGACUAUCAGAAAAUACCUUGUGUUUUUUCCCAGAUGUGGGUUGGGUGGACUUAAUUUCAAGGUAACCAGCUGCUACGUGUUUCAUGAUGCUGACAGUGACCUUAAAGAGGUUUCAAAAUGGCAGUGAAGAGAAUUUAAAAACUAAAUUUUACAUUAAUCAAAUUCAUAUAAUAUGCACAUUAGUCUUUGACUUUUCACGUAAAUCAAGUUCUUAGCAAAAUGCACAUAAUAUACUCAAAUAUUAAAACAUUUACUUAUAGAAUCUUAGUUUCUUUGCUGCCCAACAUCCACACACACACACACACACACACACCCUUCUUCAGAGAUACAAAAUUUCAAAAGUGUCGUAGCUAGCAAAAUAAAAUUUUAUUAGAAAAAUUUGAUUUAUGAUGUGCAGUUUUAGCUAUUUUCAGUUGUUAUGUCUAACCACAAUAGUCAUUAUGUGAGUUAUAUAUAAGGCUUAUUGUAUUUCUUACUAACAAAUCAAUGAGAAAACCAUGAUCAAGCCUGAACAAAACAGAUACAGUCCUUGUGCUCCAGAGAGUUCAAAAUCUAUUAAUGGGUACAGUUGAACAAGUAACGUUAACACAGUGGGACGCAAUGCAAGUCACUAUCCUAGAAAGCUGAUGCUUACUGAAAUAUGAAGUGCUUCACUGUACCAGCUACUGAGAAGUUUUUAAAAAUAAUUGGUCUGAACUUGAGAACUUUCAGAGCCAGACAUCCCUUUACUACAAGUGGAUUGGGAGCUGCUCAUUUCCAGUCUAAAUCACUCAUCUCUGCAAGAGGUGUCCUCAGCAAUCACUCAGCACCUUCAGCUUAUCGCUGGGUUCUGGUAUUCAAACUCUACUGUUGUUAUGUGCAUCGAGUCGGUUCCGACACACAGUGAUCCUAUUACAACAAAACAAAACACUACCUGGUCCUGCACCGUCUUCACAAUCAUGGCUAUUUUUGAGCCCACGGUUGCAGCCAUGUGUCGAUCUAUUUUGUUGAGGGUCUUUUUUGCUGACCUUCACUUUACUAAGCAUGAUAGUCCGCUUCAGGGACUGGUCCUUCUUGAUAACUUGUCCAAAGUGUGUGACUUAAAGCCUCACUAUCCUUUUUUUUUUUUUAUCCUUGCUUCUAAGGAGCAUUUUUGCUGUACUUCUUCCAAGACAGAUUGUUCAUUCUUCUGGCAGUCCAUAGUAUAUUCCUCACCAACACCACAGUUCAAAGGCAUCAGUCCUUUGGUCUUCCUUAUUAUCCAGUUUUCACAUGCCUGUGAGACGAUUGAAAAUACUGUGGCUUGGUCAUGUGCACCUUAGUCUUCAAGGUGACAUCUUUGCUUUUUAACACGUCAAAGCAGUCUUUUGCAGCAGAUUUGCCCGAUGCAAUGUGUUGUUUGAUUUCUUGACUGCUGCUUCCAUGGGUGUUGAUUGUGGAUCCAAGUAAAAUGGAAUUCUGGACAACUUCAAUCUUUU